CUUCUGAGUCAAGCUCCACCUGUCUAUCCGUCAGCCCCUCAGGUUCUUCCCCUUUCACCCUCUCCAACUCCUCUCAGCUCCCUCCCAUGAUUUAUCAGAUCUGAGACAGCCCAGCUCAACAGUGUCCAGCUCUGCCAGGCGGCGGAGAAGCUGAUGAAAAAGGAGGUGAUGAAGAGCUCUGUCAGUAAAGUGGGUCAGCCUUCUCCUGAACAUGGAGGUUAGUGAUUCUGAUGGUGUGAGCAGAUGAUAGGCCUCAUUAUUAAUGAACCUGUCAGCUUAAUGCAGGGCCAGAAAUUUAGACAUCACACUAAUCCCUUUAUAAAUGAUCCAGCACUUAAGCUAAACCUUCAGAUCCAGGAGGGAAAAAAAAAAGUCUUAAUCACUUAAAUUCACUUUUAAUGGCCUUUCAUUCACUUUACCCAGGAGUGAAAGUAGGAUAAGGUUCUUGCAGGUACUGUACCCCCAGGCUUUGUACAAGAGGAGCACACCCAAGUUUAACGAGGUGCCGACUCUGAUGCCACAGUAUCAUCAUCUGCUGCAUCUCUCUUUCUCUUGAACAUAGACUGUAUAUCUACUGUGGACAACUUGGUUCCGCCUCCCGCCAAUAUACGGAUUUGAGGCCAAAAAGCUCUCGGUAAUUCCGCGUUUUCUCUCUACUUCCCGAAACCAACAUUGUGCAGUAGCGUUGUACGCACUCCACCACCUGCACAGUAGCAUUGUGUGCAUUCAGCGGGAUAGUUGCCGAGAGUCGCUGUGAUGACGCUCGGCUCAAACAGCGUAUCCCCUGGGUGAGUUACACUUUCUUCAUACGCCCAUAUCAAGUGUCAAUCAUAAAAACAUGAACCCCCUAAUAACUUUUAAAAACUGAGCUGUACAGAAAAAAGAGGACAGCCCCAUAAGCUUUGCUGGCGGAGGUGAGAUUUAUGACCUAUACUGCAGCCCGUCACCAGAGAGUGCUGUACUUGCAGUGGCUUCACCCAGCGAGGUGGCAGACGGCAUCUCUUUAAAAGUUCCCUCCUUCUGCAAAAGGCAGGAGGCAAUCCCCAGCACCUCGGCAACCAGCAUCCAAUCAAAAGUGCGCACUGAGCACUCCCACUUCUGGAGUUUGUUUGUUCGCUGAAGCAAAUACAACUCACUCACAAGCACCUUGGUCCUAUUGGAUUACAAUGGUUACAAUGUAGACUGUUGUGCAGCAACACGGUAAGCAAAUGUAGGCUACACAUAUUGCAGGGCUGACAGUUUGCGUACUGCUGCAUACCAGCUGUAAACUUCUGUUCAUGUCUACAGGAUCCGUAUUGAGCGCAUAUCGGCGGCAGCACUUAUCAUGCAGCAAAUAGGUUGUCAUUCAGUGCAGCAAAGCAUACAGGACGCGUAUCAGCUCCAUUGCAGCAUCAUAUCAGAAGCGUAUCGAGAGCAGCACUGCUAAAGAUACGCAGCGAGUCCAUGCACUAAAUAUCUGUAACAGAUGACAACAACUUUGGCAAAUAUGGGUUUUGAUAAAGUAAAUGAGAUGAUAAAACUAAAAUACCUUGUUUAAAUGUGAGUAUAAAUCAUGUUUUAUUAUUAAUCAACAUAUUUUAAUCAUUUAAAUGUAUCACCUGCUUUGGAAAAAGUGAAUUUCUGCUUUUUCUUUAGCAUAUUGAACAUCGUCCCACCUGACACCUGCCCUCUGGCAGUUAUUACAUUGCUCAUUGAUUUUUGGUAAUUGUCAGUCUGCUCACUGCAGAUGCUUUUUCAAUUCAUAUUGAGGCAUCACUGUUAAUAUCAGUCUGUUUUAUAACCAGUUGAAAAGUCCUCACAAAAGCUUUAAAAGGAGUCGUGAGCAUAAAAGGAAUCAUUUGUUGGAUUCACACAGGUGAAAUAAAACAUCUGUGUAACUUUUGAUGUACAGUAAAAUGGAGACUCACUAAAAACGCAGAAAUGGGUCGUCCUUGAACCAGGAAAUGGUGGUGAAGGAUGUGUAAACAUCGUAAGUGGUGAAUUUUGCUUUGCUUUUAUUCUAAACAAACAGUUGCUUCUCUAGUUGCUAAUCGGACUGCAGAUGAUAAAUAAAAAAGUCUUGACUGAGAGUAGUUUACUGCUAUUUGCUGACCCUGUGGUAACAGGGAGAAUUUAACCCUUUUCUAAGCGAUAAAUAAACACUAUCAGAGGAUAGCCGUGGGGUUCAGAUUCAGCUAAGAGUAUCUAGAAACAAACACCUGCAGGUUGAAAUCCUGUCUCGAUUUUGGCCUAACCGUGAUUUUCCAGCUGAAUCGUUCUGCUCAGCACACAUUUGGUCAGGCUACAAUGGUCAGCUAAUGACCUGAUUUACUUUAAUUACUGCUGGGACAAAUUAGCUAAGAACAAAUCCGGUGACAGCCUCCAGAAUCUGCAUCUGCCCCCUCAUUAGCUCUUUCCUUUUCUUUCAUUGAUUUGCCACUUCCCAGAACUUCACAGUCUGAUGGAUCAACCCAAGUGAGCGUUUUAAAGAUAACCCGUGAGUGAUCGAAGCCCUCGACGCUCACGGAAAGUCUGUGUUGAGGAGGGAAGAGUCUCUGAGGGCCCACACAGAUGAGGCGCUCUGAUAGAGUUCCUGCAGGGCUUUGUGAAAUCUCCUGAGUUAAAUACGAGCCGCAGACAGCAAUAAAGAAAAUCCCCGGAGCUGUCUCCUCUAAGCACCGUGUUUCCUCUCACCUCUGCUGUCACUCCUCUUGUUUACGGCGCAGGUUCCUCUGCAGCGCGAGGCCGUAAAGUGGCAGGAGGAGAGACAGCGAGGCUGGAGGAGCCAAAUUAUCCAGGAUGUAGCCUGAUCCGGAGCAAGGCUGGCAGGCUGAUGGGUGGGCGCUCUGCAGGUCAGUGGCUGCCUCACUAUGAGUCUGUGUGAUUAUUUGUUUGUUCCACAGGAUGGAUUUACUGUCACAGACACACAAGCACGGGCAGGGAACUACUCACGCACACAUACACACCCCUUAAGGGUCUUAUAUAAAGGUAUUUCAAUCUGUUUACAUGCUAUUAAAUUUUACCCCUUUUGAACUUAAAACUCCUGUGAGGAACCUUCAGUUUUUGUCAGAUAGGAAAAAGCAGUCUUUGUUUAUCUGGUCAAAUAAUAAUAAUAAUAAUUAUUAUUAUUAUAACUUUAUUUAUAUAGCACCUUUAAAACCAGAUGUUUACAAAGUGCAUUAACAGAAGAAGUAAACAAAGGCAGAAACAGACAAAGGAAAAUUGAUGUUAAAAAAUGGACAGUUACAGUUUGGCGGUUGGCGGUUGCUGGUUGACAGCAUCACAUCAGGAAGGUAAAAAAAAAAAAAGAUGGAUAGAGGACAGAUGAAAGAGGAAGAGAAGCAAAUAUAUAGAUAAUAAUAUAAGUGAAGAUAAGGUGAAAUAAGAGUAAUAAUGACAAGGGAGAGAGUAUAUUAACACAUGGGAAAAUGCUAAAAACAGGACUAAAAAUAAUAAUAAUAAUAAUAAUAAUAAAAAUAAUAAUAAUAAGAAUUAAAAACAAAACAAAAUAAUAAUAAUAAUAAUAAUAAUAAAAAUAAUAAUAAUAAGAAUUAAAAACAAAACAAAAUAAUAAUAAUAUUACUAUGAAUAAUAAUAAUAAUAAUAAUAAUAACAACAAUAACAAUAAUAAUAAUAAUGAUUAUUAUUAUUAUUAUUAUUAUUGACAAGGUUAGACAAGAGGUAUGCAGGCAAUAAAAUAAAUGAAUAAAACAUAAAUAAAUCUAUCAUUAAUGUGAGUAUUUAAUCUGAAAAUUGUAAAUGUUGUGUCUCCGGCUGCUCAGCUGAAAUCCUCAUCCCUCACACCAGUUUCAGGCAUUAGAAAUCAUGGUACAAAAUUAGCUAGUGUUGAUGGUCUCGUUUUCUCCAGAAAGUCAUGAAAAAAACACGAGCAAAAGUAUGAAUUUUAGUGUUUUUGAUAAAUGUAAAGAAACUCCUCAUUCGAACUUUAAAGGGGUAUAAGGUAAGAUAGGGUAAGUUAGACUUUAUUGAUCCCACAUGGGGGAAACAGUUUCACCACCAGGACAAGAAGACCCAUGCAGACAACAAAGAGCAUGGAGACAUCAGAAAAAAAGUGAUACAAUAAAAGAUAAGGACAUGAUUAAAUAUAACAAAAACCUGAUAAAAAUGAAUAGAUACUAAAAUGAAAGACAUUUAAAGACAUAAUGCAAUGGAUGAUCUAUGUAGCCCAGGAUUAUUUUUAAUUUAGACCUGGUCCUCCUCUCAACACUGGCCUCAAGAGACUCUGGGACUAAGCCAAUAACUGAUCCAGCCCUCUUUAUCGUCUUGUUGAUUCUACUUUUAUUGUCAGAUGAUAUGCUGCCCCCCCAGUGAAGUACAGCGUAAAAAAGGACACUAGCCAGAAUACCUUGGUAAAAGACACCCAGAAGCCUAGUCCUGACAUUGAAAAACAUUAGCUUUCUGAGAAGGAAGUGUUUUAGUGUUUCUAAAACAAGGUUUGCAGAAUCAGGAUGCAAGAUGUUUAACAAGAAUUUAUCCAGCGCUUUACUCUGCAACAUUUGCACACUCUACACACAGACAUUCUCUUCCACAUGGAGAGAAAUCAGCUGAUCAGGUACAUGAUGCAUAAUUUCCCUUAUAUACAUCGUAUACCUGAUCUGAGAGGAUGUAUUGUGAAUUUUCUAUAUUUUUACAUUGCAGUUUUGCAGAAUGUUAAGCACCAAAAGUCUCAGAUCAGCCUGCGGACCCAGUGAUGUGUGUAGUUUGUGAUUUCAGCUCAGUCUUCCCCUUCAGCAGCUAACACAGUUUAUUUUGAGAAGAUAAAUAUAUCCUGUGGCCCUGUGGGUUGUGUCAUUAUGCUGUAGAAAAACAGUGAGUGUUGAAACACUUGAUCUAGAGACUCUUUUGUUCAGCUUUUCUGAUUGAGCUUCUGAAUGUUGAAGAAAGUGGAUAACAUUGAUGGCUGUAUGUUUUUGAUGCUCUGCCCAAGUGAAAUCACUAAUUUACAACGAAGAGCGCCUAAUCCUGAGCGUUAAAACCCAAGUCCUACCAGCAGUAACACGGAGCAUUUGGAAGGGAGGGAAUGCUAUCCUAUCGCCUCUCAUUUAUGGGAUUCUUGUGUUUUCAUUCUUUAGUUGAUAAUUUUUAAUGAUCCAAAUCUUUGUGGGUUUAUUAUAAUGAAUCCAGUGGCCAAGUUUUGAAGGAUGGGAUGUUACUGUAACAAACAGCUUUAAUAACUCAGUACAGUGGACUCUGUUUGGUGAUGGUUGCAUACUGCAGCCUCCUGUGAACUGAUGGUUAUUCUUAACUCCCAAAGAUCCAGAGAUGCUGUUGUUACCAAGUCUCACUCCUGACUGGAAGCACUUCUCUUAUUUCCUUGGUUUGGGUGGUACACAACUGUACCACUAGUAAACUUAAGAUCCCCUCUGCCUAAGAUUUCACCAUUUUUGCCUGUAUUGCAUAGAGUCUCUCUUAUACUCUGUGAAAAUCUGAUUCAAAAAGGUGUCCACUUGUGUCUGCAGUAAACAGUAUGUCAUAGUAGGGCUGGGUGAUAUGGCCUCAAAUCAAUAUCACAAUAUAUUGAGCAGGUCACCUCGGUAAUGAUAAAUAGAUGAUAACUACUCCACAAGCUGCUCACCCCCUCCCACAUUAACUUCGUCUACUUCAGUCGUCAUUCCAGCUGCUACAACGUUUGGACUGUCCUCCAUCUCCUCACCUGUCUUUCCCUCUUUGUUACGGACUUGAUGGGGUGGAGUCACGUCUUAAAGGGACAGGAAACCACAGCCUACCUACCAGUGUUGUUUUCGUCAGGCAGGACGAAAACUUAAAUGGCGACGUCAGACCCCUUUUUUCCUUGACGAAAAUGAGACUAAGACGAACGUCACUAAAGCCCUGUAAAGACUAAAAUGUGACGAAAAUUGUAUUCAUUUUCGUCAGACGAGAACAAGACGAGACUAAAUUGUUAUUAGGUGGACGAACAAAGUUUCAAAACAUGCUUUUUUUUCUCCUAACAGUCACGCCCCCAUCACACAUGCACCAAAAGCCUCGCUCGCGCACAGCUGCGCGCAUACACAUACACAGAGCGGCAGGUGGACAAGGCGCGCGCACACACACACCAUGGCGGCAGGCACAGCAGCGGUGCCCGGUGGCCGAAAAAAGAGGGAUGAUUUUGGUCCUACUUCAGAUACAGUCUAAGUGACAAUAAAACACAAUGUCUUGGACGGGGAGACGAGACAGGCGACAGUUGUGGAGCCACAGCUUCCUCAUGCUGCGGCUUCAAACUGUCGGGAAAGAACACCACGAACCUCAAAAGGCACCUUUUCGUUGGACUAAAACUAGACCAAAACCUUUUGAGUUUUCGUCGGACUAAAACUAGACUAAAACUAUCAAAGAUAGAAAUGACUAAAAUGGGACUAAAACGAAGAAGCAUUUCGUCAAAAUGACUAAGACUAAAACUAAAUCUGAAAUGCCUGCCAAAAACAACACUGCUACCUACAAACAUCCAAAACCAGCUUUUAUUUAUUUAUUUUUUGACACUGAUUAUAAUGACACGGGCUAAAUCAUGUUGGUUAUUGUAAUAAAUUUCGGUAUCAGUAAAUUUUCGGUUUAUCGCCCAGCUCUAUGUCAUAGUUGCUGUCAGAAUCCCCCAUUGUGUCCUUUUUAGCCUGCAGAUUUAGACAACUAAUCAUUGUACUGUAGAUAGAAGUGUAUGUCUGUGCUGUAACAUUUCUCAGUAGAGCGUGCACCUUAACUUAGAUGAGUGUUAGGGUGAGAAUUUCCCAAAAUUAGCUAAAUAGAUGGCAGAAAACCAAAGCUCACCAUGUGUUCUUCUUUCUACUAGCAGUUCCUCAGGGCCUUGCUGACUAAUGUGGCAAAUACACCUACAAGUAACACUGCACUCAUACAACCUCACUUCAAAAAUACUGCGAUAUCCUUUUAUCACUGUUAAAAACUUUCGUCCUAAUAUCAUAAGUCACUGAGAUGGAACUAUAUCAAGAGCAGCAUGUUGCUGAAGUUGGAAAAUAAACUCAAAUCUGCAAGAUUAAAACUGCAUCAAAUCAUUUGUUUGCCCGUAAAAACUGUUAGCGCCGAACAGAACAAAUUCUGGGAGCAGAAAUAAAACAGAGCAGGAACAGUUAUUGGUGCAGAGUGUGAACUGAGGACACAAUAAACACAGCUGAUGGUGUAAACAGGCAGGGCAGGACGUAAAAGCAGGCUCAGUAAAAUCUCGGUCAUUAUGUGUGGAUAUGUAUGAGGGCCCAGUAAUGAUGGUGUGCAUAUUCACAGAGCUCCACUGAAGCUCUCAACUGAGUGACACCUGCCACACCUGCUGCAGCGCUCAUUAAACCUGCGAUGGAAGCCGCCAUCUGCUGUGAGAGACUGGAGGUUUGAGUUUGCAGAGAGCAGCCGUCCCACCUGUGAGGAGACAUUUAUCCCCCCGUCCUCAGCGCGCUGAGCUUUAUAGCUGUGUGCUUUAUGAGAGGCAGUCAGGUAACAAAAGGUCAGAGCAAACAUCAGCGCUUUAAUGAUCCUCAUUAACAGAAUAAUCGUUGCUCAGUGACUGUGAUUCACUGUUUUAAACAUCCCAAUGAUUUCACUGGGGGAUGUGUCUCUACACUUUUAUAUUAGGCUUUACUUUCCUCACAGUGAAUUCACUUUCCUUGACAUCAAAAAGUUCAAGUAUUUUUCCAAAUUAAAGGCAUAACCUUGCAUUUUAAUUAAAUAUUCAGGCUUUUUGAACUAAAUUCAAAGUCGCAAGCCUUUUUAGCAAUAAGCAGUUCUGUCUUUCUCCCCCAGAACAUCCUGUCCCUGAGCUUUUACACCGAAAAAACCUUGAAGUUAUCAAGACAACUUACAGACUUCUCCAGUAAUGACAGUAAAGUAACCGGAAUAACAACUUAUGUAGAUCUACAGCGGAGAUGUUCUCGGCACAGACGAGACUUAAAAACAUCUGCACAAAAGUUUCAACCUUUUAAAGUACGACACAGUAAUAAUAAAAUGUUUGCAUUCUGUUUACUGAGUGCAACACUUAGAUUUUAAGUGUUUACAUUCCAGUUCUUGCUUACUGUUUACUGUUUUAAAACUCUGCCACCUUUACAUCAAAUAUUUCUUUGUGGACAAGUGUGGAGGUGGAGGGGAGAUGUGGUUUGGCAAACACGAGAUAAUCAGCCAGUAUCAGUUCUAGCUGAAUAUUUAUCAGGAUGCCAGGUGAAGGAACAAAGUAGACGAGAGUGUCAACUAAGGGACAAAUGGGGCUAUUUCAAACCAGCCUAUAUGGCUUUACAAAAUACAUUUCCCACUGUUGCAAGAAAUACCUGAAACUAAGGAUUGAGAACACUGACUCAAAAGGAAAAUGUUUACUCAGUAAAAACCCAUUUUUUCAUAGAAUUCUUUAAAAUUAAGUCCCGAUUCAUGAAUUGAUUUCCUUUGUGGUGGGGCCAAACCCAUGCAAAUAAACUAUAAAGACAUGGUCUAAUUCACAAACCAUGCAUAAAAGGGUUUUAUACAUGAGCCGACUAAUCUUGCAAAGCAAAUAAUGUCAUUUGUAUGUAUUAAAAUGAGCUGACUUUGCAUCUAGUUGUGGAAGAACUGCAGACAGGCUUUUUAAUUCACAUCAGUGGUGCUAAUAACCAGACACAGUCAGAGUGAAAUUAUACAGUUUGUACAGAAUAAGAAAUAUACUGUAUAGGAGUAUUUAUGAAUGUUGUUAUGAUCAAAACUGAAGUUUAACCUUUGGAUAAUUAAAAUAUGAUCUAUUUGUAUAUAAUCUGUUAUUUUACUUUGACAUGAUCAUCAUCAUAAAUCAGUCUGGGGGCCGGUCAAUUUUUUUCAUACUAGCAGUGCACACCAGACUCUGUUUUCUUUCUCUUGUUUUUCUCUAAUAAAAAGCUGUUUUUUACUCAUGGGUAAGCUUCAAAAACUGAAAUUUGUCAUUACAUCUUCUUAGUGAAAUAGUAAGAGGUGUCUCUUCAUGCUCAGGGCAUCAUAUAUUAAUCAGGAUGAGAGUGCAAAGCCCAGCUCUGUGCAGUGAAGAGUGGAGAUGCUUGCAGAUGAUUAAUGUCCUAAUCCAAUACAGAACUGGCAAAAAUGCAUCAUAUUUUAUGAUUCAGGGGAAAUUAUGCAUCCAGUGGCUGCAGUCCAAUCUUCACAUUAUUUGUUCGCACAAUAGCCCUGGAAUAAGAACCUACAGAAUCAUUCUAUCUUCCAAUCUUAGUGAUUCCCCUCUCUCAGAUUUUAAAUUUCCUCCUGCUGGAUAUUAAAAGGAUGCAGAGUGUGCUGUCAUUGCUUUUAUAACCAAGAGGUCUCAUCACAUUUGUUGACAGGAACAAACUCAGAGACAAAUAUGAUAAACAGCUCUUUCUUACUUUACAUGCCACACUUAAUUUUUUACUGGCAGUUUGGGUGAUGUAAGUUUAAAGACAACUCUAACAGUUUAAAGACAUGAAUAUGUACUAAUCAGUGUGACUGAUUCUGUUAUAAGGAUUGACUCUAAGAUAUACAAAAUAUCAUAAAAAAUCAGUAGAUCAACAGGGGCUUUAAAUCUGUAGUAAUAAUUCUGCUCAUUGGAUUUGAUAAACUGUGUGACAAAGCAGAGUGUUGGCAGCUCACACGGAGCACAGCCUUGCAGCCCAGUUGAGCAUUUUAGCACCAUGGAGAGCGUCGGAGUGCAGCCUCCUCUGCACUACAGCAUUCAGCACCGUGGACAGCUCCAGCACUGACUGAGACACAGAAAGCACGGCUUACAGAUAAUGCUGUAAUGUGUUUAACCCCCUCCUCUGUGGUUUUAACACUCUGAUGAAAGACUUCGCCACUUGUGCGUGUCUCUGCGGGUCUUAAAAACUGACACAGCUCUGAGAUCAGUGGGCGGCCUGAACCUCAAGAGUCCCCUGCUGCUCCUCCACAAACCUGCUGUCUCUUUCCAACAAAACGACACAGUUAUUACCGCUUCACAUGGCUGAGGGCGCACUCCCCCCACUCAGCCCUCCCUCCACAUGUUCACUUCUUAUUAUUCGCCACCAAAAGAGCUCAUGAUGUCCUGUCACAGUGAGAGCAGCUGCUGCCGCCUCCUACACCCCCAACAUGCAGUAGGAGGAUCAUUACCAUGGCAACAAAAUAUCACUUAGUUAUCAUGUUGUUUGUCACAAAGGUCUUUUUUGGAGAAAAUACUUAAUGGGUUCUUUUUAUUUCAACAUUUUCUAAUAUUUUCAUUUACAAACCCAAUUUCCAAAAGUGUAAAACUGUCAGUACAGCGUCAAUGAUGAUGAAAAAUUGUUUCCUUGAUUAUGUAAAGCCUUUAUUCAGCUGACAAUAGCGCAAAGGCAACACUGAAGGCAAAACUAAAAAAAAAAGGCAUAUAAGUUCUGAAAGGGAUAUUCAAAGGGAUAAAGACUCCAUAACACCAAGUUAGACACCCCCUUGAGGGAUGAAUGUUGCCGACCACUUGCUUCUCUAGUUAUACCAACUUUAGUAACGACCGCACGAUAGCAAUACACAGCGGUUUGAGGAGCCAUCUACAAAUCUCAACCAAAACGGCACUCUAUAGCCACAAAUAAUGCUCAGAACAGCACCUAACUUCAUCAACAGUACAUAUAGGGUCCCAGCCAUACUACUAGCCACCAAACAUCUUUUUAGCUUUGCCUGAUUUCUUCAGCAAAGAGACUAAACACAACUCACCUACUCUCUUCCAGCAGCUGCUCCUCCAGAGACCUCAGGCCAAUCCAUUAGGGACUGCAGCGGGGUGACGCAGCUCAAGGAAGAACAUUUAUCAUCACACCACGUCUGCAGUGCAAAAUGAUUAAUAUGGUGAUUAUUACUUCAAGGAAUUGAUAAAGAAAUUAUCAUAAAUGUUCUUCCUUGAGCUGCGUCACCCCGCUGUAGUCCGGAAUGGAUUGGCCUGAGGUCUCUGGAGGAGCGGCUGCUGGAAGAGAGUGGGGUAGUUGUGUUUAGUUUCUUUGCUAAAGAAAUCAGGCAAAGUUAAAAAGAUGUUUGGUGGCUAGUUCUAUGGCUGGGACCCUAUAUGUACUGUUGAUGAAGUUAGGUGCUGUUCUGAGCAUUAUUUGUGGCUAUUUUGGUCAAGGUUGUUUAUGGCUCCUCAGACCACUGUAUAUUGCUGUCAUGCGGUCGUUACUAAAGUUAGUUUAACUAGAGAAGCAAGCGGUCAGCAACAUUCAUCUCUUGAGGGGGUGUCUAAGUCUAAGUAGUAGCAAAAGUCAAAGUAGUGGUCAUUGAGGUGUUUUUAUUAGAGUAUUUGCUUCAUUAUUAUUUAUUAUUAGGUCCUACAAUCUAUUUUUUUUUCGAUGUUUCGUUUGGUUUGGGUAUAACUGUGUUGGACUUUGCUGUUGCCUUUUUUUUAGGUCUUAGAUUAUUCCAUGUUUACGUGAGCUGUGUUUUAUCUUUGUACUGCUAAAUUCAUAAACUUGCAUUUAAGUGGGGAAAUCCUGCAUAAUUCAUCCUUGAACUGCCUGUGGAGACAUGAAAAUUAUGAAUGAGUGUCUGGAUUGGUAGACAGAAAAACAGGGACUGAAGCACUUGUGUCACCUCCUACAAAUCAUACUCAGCUAAAUCUUCUGCUGUCCCUUUAAAGUUAGUUUUAGCAAAUGCAACCACUUUAGAGCUCCAGGAGUUUAAUGCGUGUUUUAAUUGUGUUUCUUUUUUCCAAAGCUUAUGAAUCUGUUCACAUCUAAACAUUUAGACAUAUGAAAAAACAAAAGUUAAGUUUUAACUGAACUGUUGUUCUUUGGAACAACCAGGUAUUGUUGAGCCUGUUUGAACUUUAACAGCUCAACUGGGUUCGAAUGCUUUUGUGAACCACAAUUAGAGUCAAAGAAACUUGUAGACAAGGUUUUGCUGUCAGUCCAGACACACGAGCAGCGGAGUAAACUUCAGAAAUGUCCGAAAAAUACAAGCUCUGCAUCUGUCCACUGUCUCCACAGAACAUAAAGCCUCCGUUAAAGUUAAUUGAGCUUCUUAUCAACCACCCAUAUCAACCAUUGACUCCUGCCAAAUGCACAGACGGUGUGUAAAUACUUCAGUCAAGAGGAAGAGACUGAGACAGGAUCAUUAUAGGCCACAUUAACUUCAAACAAAACAUAAAUAUUUUAUUUUAUUAUAUUUUAAAUCUGUUUUUUCACUUUUUAAUUGACAUGUUAUUGAAUUUCCCUUUGGGGAAAUUAUUUAUUUAUUUGUUAUUUUAAUAAAGUUCUUAUUCUUAUUCUUAUUCCUCUGUUUGAACUAUAAACUUCCUGCAGUCUUUUGACUCUUCUUAGAAAGACUGCAGAAAGUUUGAAGUUGAAACAAACCAAAGUACAAAAAAGAAAAGGCACCAUUGUCCAGGUAUAAGUGAUAUUUAUGUACUGCAAAGUUAGACCAAAAGAAGCUUUAUGAUUAAUUACUGUCUCUGCUCAUUAGUAAAUUCAUACAACUAGUUUUCAUUUGAUUCAUCACACAUAGUAGAUCACUUAACUUAAAUGUAUUUUAGAACAGUGGUUCUCAUCCGGUCUCACUCUUGGACCCACAUUUUCCCAUGGUCUGUAAGUCGUGACCCACUUCUAUCAAACCAAGCAAGUUUCUUUUUUAUUUCUGGAGCCUAUCCCAACAUCUUUGGGCGAAGGCAGGGGACACCCUGGACAAGUCGCCAGUCUCCGCAGGGCUGACAUAUAGAGACAAACAACCAUCCACACUCACAUUCACACCUACGAGCAAUUUAAAAGUGGCCAAUUAACCUUACCCCACUUCUGCAUGUUUUUAGGAUGUGGGAGGAAACCGGAGUACCUGGAGUAAACCCACGCAGACACAGGGAGAACAUGCAAACUCCACACAGAAACGCCCUGGACCCAGAUUCGAACCCAGGACCUUCUUGCUGUGAGGCGACAGUGCUAACCACUACACCACUGUGCCGCCCAAAAAUGGAGUAUAACAUCCACAAAUAUGUUUCCUUCACUUACUGCUCACCUUGAAAAACUCUGGAAAGUAAGUUAAAGAGAAAAGAGAGGUGAUACUGUGUAUGUGUCAGUGUGAGGACCACCGCCUUUCUUCAUCAGGACUCAGGACUCGUGGCGUCUUAUGUUUCUGGGGGAGUUCAACCAGAUGAGUCAGCUCUUCAGAGAAACUUCAAACUUUCGAGGUGGAGUUUAAAUCCUCUGAUAAUUCAGAGUUUUUACUCCUGCUGGAAGUCAACAG